AUGAAGUACACUGAGCAGCUCGACAUUUUCGUCCAGCGGCUCAAGGACUCGGGCCAGGACUACAAGGAGGCCCAGUCCGUGCUCCUGGAGCUUCUAGACAUGAUUGAAGCCUUCAACGGAGCAGCCGAGUACGAGUACUUUUUGAAGAACAUGGUGCCGAUUUUCCUAAAGAUUCUUGACGAGGUGCCCAUUGCCUUCGACAGCAGCAGCCCAGAGCACAAGUUGCGUAAUCUGGUGCUUGAAAUCAUCCAUAGAUCCAUCAUGACCGACACUUUCCAGCCCUUCUCAAAGCUGAUUCUCGAGACCUUGACGAGAAGCUUGGAAAACGAAAACGAAGACAACGGUGUGCUUUGCAUGAAGAUCAUUACAAGCUUGCACAAGGCGUACAAGACCACUUUGGCCGACCGCGUGGAGCCUUUUGUCGAGAUUAUCGGUAAGGUCUACGAUAACAUGGAACAGACAGUCAAGGAGGUCUUCAGUGAAGCUGAGCCUUCGCCAAAGACCGAGGACGACCUUUCCAAGGAGAUGCUGCCCCUGGCCUCCUUGGGAGACGAAAACCCCAAACCGCUACGCAAAGCCAUGCACUCGUUCAAGACGUUGGCUGAAUGUCCCAUCACCAUGGUGUCGCUUUUCUCGUCCUACAGCACGCUUAUCCAACUGUCGCUCCCCACAUUCCUCCCAAAGAUCAUCAAUAUCCUCUUGCUCCAGGUUGAGCAGCAGAAGGAGUUCAGGGAGGAGCACCUCAAAACGGCACCCACCGUCACGGCCAUUUCACCGGAAAUCACCAACAGACAGGCCUAUUCCGAGUACAUUUUGGGCCAGGUGAAGGCUGCGUCGUUCCUCGCAUACGUUUUCAUCAGAGGAUACGCUAAUCAGUAUCUUUCCCAAAACCAAGCAAGAGUCGUUCCGGACGUGAUCCUCAGACUUUUGCAAGAUUGUCCUGCUGAGCUCUCCGUAGCGAGAAAGGAGCUCCUCCAUGCCACACGUCACAUUUUGUCCACCUCCUUCCGCUCACAGUUUAUUCCCAAAAUCGAGCUUUUGUUCGACGAGAAGGUGCUUAUUGGCCAUGGUUUGACAUCGUUUGAGACACUUCGACCUUUAGCAUACUCCACCGUGGCUGACUUCAUCCACAAUGUUCGUAACGAGUUGACGCCCAAGCAGAUCUGGUCUACGGUGCAAAUUUACUGUGACCUCUUGAAGGAUGACUCUUUGGCCUUGACGGUCCAAAUUAUGAGCGCCAAAUUGCUUUUGAACUUGGUUGAGCGUAUAAUGAAGUUGCCCAACAAGCUAGAAGGUAGACAGCUUUUCAUGAUCAUCAUUGACUCCUAUGCCAAACGUUUCCACAGCCUCAACAACAAGUAUGCCUUUAUUUUGAGACGCCACAACAAGUUUGAAGAGCGCAGAAAGCUCAAGGAGGUCGAGACUAAAAAGGCAGUCGAGAGAUACUGCUCCAAGAAAGACAAGAUAGAAGAAACCGCAAACGAAAACGGUACGACUAAUGAACCCGACAAUGACGACAUGAAAAUGGAUGUUGAUGAAGACAAUGCAGACAAUGAAGAAGCCGAAUUGGCUGAUAUGUUCAGUGUUGAGGAGCUCUCACCAAUCUCGCUCACUUCUCCAAAUCACAGCUCAGACCUCCUCAAGGACGCUCGCUACUUGUUUAGAACGCUCAUGACUUUCCUCAAGUCCGUGAUUUUUGGUUUGAAGAACUGCAACCCACCUGUUCCUCCUCAGCCUACACAGCAGGAUCCAAACAAGCCUGGCCAGGUUGUCAACUACGACAAGUGGAACGAAUCUGCCAAGUUAACGUCUAAUGAAGAGAUCAACAUCCUUAGAAGCUUGUUUAGAGGUGGUAUCAGCUGUCUCCGGUUUUUCUCCGUGACUAAGCCAAAGACUGCUAAUAAACCUCAGGCAUUCGAUUUUUCCACUGGAGGACCUAAUCUCCCCAUUACUUCCUCCAAGGAAGAGAAGGACUUGAUGGAGAUCUUCGCUACAAUCUUUAUUCAUAUCGAUCCGGCAUCAUUCAAUGAGAUUGUCAGCGCAGAAUUGCCCUUCAUGUUUGACUCCAUGCUUCAGAAUGCUGCAUUGCUUCAUCUUCCUCAAUUCUUCCUUUGCAGUGAGAUCACAUCGGCUAAUUUCUCGGGCAUUCUCAUAUCAUUCCUCCGUUCCAAGCUUGAUCAAUUAGAUAAGGUGGACUACGUCAAAUCCAACAUUCUCAUCAGACUCUUCAAGCUCUGCUUUAUGUCUGUUAACUUAUUCCCCACUGCUAACGAAAGCGUGAUUCUCCCCCACUUGAACCACUUGAUUCUUGAAUCCCUCAGAUUGGCUACCAAGACUGACGAACCAAUCUUGUACUCGUACUUGAUUAGAACAUUGUUCAGAAGUAUCAACGGAGGAAGAUUCGAGAACUUGUACAAGGAGAUUAUGCCAAUCUUACCAGUGUUGCUCGAGAGUCUCAACAAGUUGAUUGUGAAUUCCAGAAGACCUUUCGAAAGAGACAUCUAUGUUGAAUUGUGCUUGAAUGUCCCCGUCAGAGUUUCUGUAUUGUUCCCACACUUGAACUACUUAACGACGCCUUUGGUCUACGCACUUAAUGGUAACCAGGAGCUUAUUGGCCAGGGUUUGAGAACAUUCGAGCUUUGUGUUGACAACUUGACUGCCGAGUACUUUGACCCAAUGAUCGCACCAGUGAUUGACGACAUCAUGGCUGCUUUAUGGAAACAUCUCGAGCCUGUGCCAUAUCACCAUCAGCAUUCGCAUACUGCCAUCAGGAUUCUUGGUAAGUUAGGUGGCAGAAACCACAAGCAUUUGAAGCCCUGUAACUCUUUGAGGCCUCAGUCGGAGCUCGAUCAGGAAGUGAAGGCUUUGUUCACGAUUCAUGGAUUUAACGGCAAGGUUCCAGUAUCGGUUACUCCAGGCAUCGAAUCUGCAAUCAAAUUGUUGGAAGACACCAGACUCAAGAUACACUACAGAGUGAGCGCUUUCAACUACCUUUCCAGUAUUCUCAAGUUGUUCAUUGACACCACUCCAAUUCCAAAGGACUACAGUGCAUACAUCCAAGAGCUGGUGGAACUCUUGAAACAGGACGAGCUCACAGAAUACCCAGAACUUGAUCCAUCUGACAUCAAGGACGCUUGCAAGUUGGACAGACAGCAGAAGCUCUUUUCCAGGCUUUUAGAGACUUUGUUCUUCUCCCUUUCGAUCCCUGAACUCAAGGACGAAUCGAGCAAGCUCAUUGACAACAUUACCACUCAUUUUUCGCUUAUUCACCUUGGCACUUCCAUAAUUUCCAAGAUCAAGAAGGACAGACCUUUCUCAGUCAAGGACCAGGAAGGCAAGGCAUACAUUAGUGAGACUGUCUUUUUCAACGCCUUGAACUAUGCUUUGAGCUUCUACGACAAGGACGUUCGCGAGAAGGGUAUUCAGAUCAUCAAGAAUCUUUACACAACCACUGUCACAUUGUUUGGUUCUGACGAAGAUGCCCUUUAUUCGCCAUUGUUCCGCACCAUGUUUUACAAGUUCACUCACUGCUGCUACAGCGAGUUUUACUUCAGCAAGCUUGGUGGUGUUCUCGGUUUGAAGACUAUGUUCGAGGAAUUGAACAUACCACCCAAGUGGUUCUUCAAACGCCAAUUUGAGCUCGUGAGAUCGGUGUUUUUCAUCUUGAGAGAUACUCCCGAGACUGCCCCUUACGAGGUCAGAGAAUUGGCCAAGUCUCUUGUGUUGAACAUUUUGAAGGAAUGUAACGCAGACUUGAACAAGGAUUCCAUUCUGGAGAAGCCAUUCCAGACUCUCGUUGGAGCUUUGGUGUACGAUCUCGCAAGUGCCAUCCCAAUGGUGAGAGAAGUCUCUCAAGAAGCUUUGAAGGUAUUGUCAGAGGCUACUGGUGUUCCUGUGGCCACCAUCAUGGGCCCAUGCAAACAUCUUUUGUUGACACCUAUUUUUGGCAAGCCAUUGAGAGCUCUUCCUUUCCCUAUGCAAAUCGGUAACAUUGAUGCUAUCACCUUCUGCUUGAACUUGGAUAACAGCUUCUUGACCUUCAACGACGAGCUCAACAGACUUCUUUUGGAAGCCUUGGCUUUGGUUGAUGCUGAAGAUGAGAGUCUUGCUAACGUGCAUCGUCUUUACGAACAUAGAACUUCUAAGCAGUUGGUUGAACUUCGUGUGGUCUGCAUCAAGUUGCUAUCCUUGGCUUUGACGAAGCCCGGAUUUUCCUUGGGCUCCUUAUCGGAGGCCAGGAUCAGAAUUCUUGGAGUCUUUUUCAAGGCCCUUUGCAAUAAGUCAACUGAGAUUAUCAAUGCUGCCCACCUUGGUCUCAAGGCCAGUCUUGAUGAGAGUGCCAAGCUUCCAAAGGAGUUGUUGCAGAACGGACUCCGUCCUAUGCUUAUGAACUUGUCCGAUCACAAGAAGUUGACAGUUUCCGGCUUGGAGGCUUUGGCUAGACUCUUAGAGCUUUUGAUUUCAUACUUCCGUGUGGAGAUUGGUCGUAAGUUGCUCGAUCAUUUGAUGGCAUGGGCUCAAAUCAACACUUUGCGCCAGAUUGCCGGUCAGGAUUUGAAAAACAACCACACUGUGCAAAUCGUCAUGGCUAUUUUGAACAUUUUCCAUCUUUUGCCAGCUAAGGCCUACACCUUCAUGGAAGAGAUCAUCAACACGUUGCAGUACCUCGAGGGUCACUUGGACCGUCAUCAGGACUCCCCAUUCAGAUUGCCUGUCCUCAAGUUCUUGAACAGAUUUGCCGACAACUGCUUGGAGUACUAUUUGAACAACUACAAGAACAGAAAGCUCGGCAACAUGUUGGCCUACUUUGCAGGCUGCGAGGAUGGUCCUAAGAUUCGUGCCGUUGCAAUCACCAAGAUGGAUGGCAUUCUUGAGGAUCUCAAGAAGGAAACUUCUGAGGAGAUAAAGGUCAUUAAGUUUGCCAACACUGUCGACCUUGUGGCAUCCAUUGCCAAGUAUGACAAGGAAUGGUUCAAAGAGCAGGCUCCUUUGUUGGAUUCUUUGUCGGCUUUGAUGGAGGACAUCAUCAAGAACAAGGGUCAGUUGCCUUUGGUUUCCAGCAACCACUUCCAAGCCGACCAGGCCAUCAGCAAAUUGCAAAUCACCAUUGUGGACUUCAUGCAGCACAAGCCAGAGGAGACCAGUUUGGUGUUCUACACUGUUAACAGACUCUGCAACUUGGAGCUUAAGGUCCACGAGGAACUCGAAUUGUUUUUCUUCGACACUGUUGUCAGAUCGGAAGACGUGGAGCGGAAGAAAACGUACUUGCUUAGAGCAGUGGAGUUCUUGGCUGAGGAUGUCAAUUUGAAGGCGAAGAUUUUCUUCUUGAAGAAGGUGUUUGAUAGCACUUUCCUCUACGAGAUCAGCAAGUCCGAAAAUGCUGAUUGUUUCUUUGAUGACAAUACUGAAUGGUUGGAGAAGCUCAACGAGGUGGUAUGGCAGUCUACUCAUGACAUCACCACAGACAAGACAUCAGGAAAGAUCGACAGCUACAGAUUCGCUCUUCUUGAGAGCACAUCUAUCUUGCUUAAAUGGGCGCCUGAAAAAUUAAGCCAGUACAGAAAAGACAUUGUCAAAUUUAGUUGGAACUACAUCAAGCUCGAGGACAACAUCACCAAGCAGGUUGCCUAUGUGACGACUUCUUACUUCAUCGCAGCUUACGAGACUCCGGCUAAAUUGGCUACUCAAGUGUUCGUUGCAUUGUUGAGAGCUCACCAAAAUGACUCCAGACAUCUUGUGAGACAGGCUCUUGACAUUCUCGCUCCAGUUAUGUCUUUGCGUAUUGUCGAUAACGACCAUCCUAACAGUUGGUUGAAAUGGCCAAGACGUGUGCUUUCUGAAGAUGGAUUUAAUGUCACCCAGGUAUUGAAUGUGUACCAAUUCAUUGUGCAACACCCUGACUUGUUUUUCGUUGCCAGGGAACACUUCAUCUCCAACAUCAUCACCGCCAUGGGUAAGUUGACCAUUUUGGCUAACGCUGCUUUGGAAAACCAGGUUCUUGCCAUUGACUUGGCCGAGCUUAUUUUGAACUGGGAACACAAGGCCGAUGAAUUGAAGCAACAAGGCAAACUUACUGACGGUCUGGAAAUGGAUACUGAAGACAAGGCUGAUGGUGAUAGCGACUCUGAUUUCACCACUUCCCCAGACUACCAGAUUCCAUUUGGCCAGAGAGAGGCUUGUGUGACUUUCUUGAUUAGAUACGUCUGCAUCAGUCCACAGAGAGCUUCUGAAAGUGAGCUUGGCCAGAGAGCUUUGGGGAUCUUGUAUGACCUCUUGAGCCCCAACCACUGGCCAGAGGUCUCCGUCAAGACCACCUUCUUUGAGAAAUUUUUGCUUUCCAACGACCUCAAUUCUUCCAACCUUUUGGGAUACUGUUUGAACGCAUUGGAGGUGUUGGGUGUUGUGUUGGAGUGGAAGAAGCCUGACUGGAUCGUGUCCAACCUUGGCUACUUACACAAAUUGCUCGAGAAGUGUAUUAAGUCGGAUAAUCACGAUAUCCAAGAGGUACUUCAAAGAGUCUUGCGUAUCAUUCUCCAGGCUAUCAACAGUGAAGUGACUACCGAGCCCGCUGAGGACGAAGACUCCGAGGUUAAGACAUUCAUUAACGAUUUGAUCACAACUGUGUCGGAUGAUUUGGGUGACACUACCUCUCUUGCUGCUGGUGUCACUUUGUCGUGGACAUUGGCGAACUACAAGCCAUCAACCCUCGAUCUGUUGUUGCCUGGUAUCAUGAGAACCUUCAACAAGCUUUGCAAGGACCACAUCACUAUCACCCACCAGGGUGCCCAGUCAUCCUCUAAGGAGGCCAACAACUCUGCCGAUGAAGCAAAGAUGACCACAAAGUUGUUGGACAAGAUCUUGAACCUCUGCUCCAUGCGGAUUUCCAAUUUGGGCGACCAGAGACGUAUCUUCUUGUCAUUGUUGGCUCAGCUCAUCGAGAGGUCUUUGGACAAGGACACCUUGGAGAAGAUCAUCAAGAUCGUCAAAUCGUGGGUGUUUUCAAGGACUGAUCUUUUCCCUACCACCAAGGAGAAGGCUGCUAUUUUGGCUAAGAUGAUGGUGUUUGAGAUCCGUGGAGAGCCGGUCUUGUCGAAGGAGUUCUACCAGAUCAUCGUGGACAUUUUCGAGGAUGACACUUUCAGUUGUACUGAGUUGACGGUGAGAAUGGAACAACCUUUCUUGGUGGGUACCCGCUCAUCUGAAGUCUCCAUUCGUCGUAAGCUCAUGUCCAUCUUGAACCACAGUUUGGAAAAAGACAUAAGCAAACGUCUCUACUACGUCAUUCGUGAACAGAACUGGGAGUACCUUGCAGACUACUCAUGGCUCAACCAGGCCUUACAAUUGCUCUUUGGUGCUUUCGACUUCAACGACAAGCUUGAGUUGAUCUCUGAGGAAAACACUUUGCCACCUUUGACGGCUUUCCCAUACAAGGAGAGGGACAUGGAUGUUGAUGGCCGCAGCGAGCUUGACGAGUUGUUUGAAUCUCACAACAAGUUCUUGGAAGAGGUUUCAGAAAUCAGAUCUGGCGCUAUUCUCGAACCAAUGAUCGAUUUGUUCUACCAGAGCAGCGAGACUGUUCACCAGGUGUGGUCCACCAUUUUCCCAAUUGCGUUUUCGUCCAUCCCACGUUCCGACCACUUGGACUUCACCAGAUCUUUGGUCAUCUUGUUGUCUAAGGACUACCACACUCGCCAAGUGGAUGUGAGACCGAACGUGAUCCAGUCUUUAAUGGAAGGUGUUGCUAGAUGCGAGUCUCUCCAGUUACCACCAUUUGCUGUCGAGUGUCUUGCUUCUAAUUUCAACGCUUGGUCGCAAGGAAUCCAUAUUCUCGAAAACAUCGAGCACCAGUCGGUCAAUGGUAAUGCUGAAGUCCGUGAAGUUACACAAGAUGCUCUUGCCAAGCUCUAUUCCACACUCAAGGAAGACGAUAUGUUUUAUGGUUUGUGGAGAAGAAGAGCCAAGUACUCUGAGACGAUUUCCGCCUUGUCUUACGAACAAAUCGGUUUGUGGGACAAAGCACAGCAGCUCUACGAAACAGCGCAGAUCAGAGCACGUAGUGGUGCCUUGCCUUACGGCCAGUCCGAGUAUUCCCUUUGGGAAGACCAUUGGAUUUUGUGUGCUGAAAAGUUGCAACACUGGGACAUUCUUACUGAGCUUGCCAAACAUGAAGGCUUCAGUGACCUUCUUUUGGAGUGUGGCUGGAGAGUCGCCGAUUGGAACGCCGACAGAGAUACCUUGGAGCAAACAGUCAGGAGUGUGAUGGACGUUCCAACUCCAAGAAGACAGGUAUUCGAGACCUUCCUUUGCUUGCAAGGUUAUGGUCAGGAGAAGGCAACGUUGCCAGAACUUUCCAAGUUAUGUGACGAAGGUAUUCAAUUGGCUUUGAGAAAAUGGCACGGAUUGCCACAGAGAUUUAUGGGUGCUCAUAUUCCAUUGCUUCACACAUUCCAACAGUAUGUUGAAUUUAUGGAGGCUAGUCAAGUGUACUCGAGUCUUGUCUCUACUAAUGCCCAGAACUUGGAUGUGAAGUCACAGGAACUCAAGCGUGUGUUGCAGGUGUGGAGAGAAAGACUUCCUAACAUAUGGGAUGACAUCAACAUUUGGAACGACUUGGUCACUUGGCGUCAACACGCCUUCCAGGUGAUCAACAAGGUGUACAUGCCAUUCAUUCCUAUCUUGCAGCAGAACAACUCUGACGGAAAUGCCAAUUCUUAUGCCUACAGAGGCUUCCACGAGAUUGCAUGGGUGAUCAACCGUUUCGCACAUGUCGCUAGAAAGCACAACAUGUCUGAGGUUUGCAUCAACCAGCUCACCAAGAUCUACCAGCUUCCUAACAUUGAAAUCCAGGAGGCUUUCUUGAAAUUGAAGGAGCAGGUCAAAUGCCACUACCAGAACCCUAACGAGCUCAACACUGGUCUUGAUGUCAUUAGAAACACCAACUUGGUUUAUUUUGCAACCGAGCAGAAGGCUGAGUUCUUCACUUUGAAGGGUAUGUUCUUGAGCAAGCUCAACCACAAGGACGAAGCAAACAAGGCAUUUGCUACAUCUGUUCAGAUCGACCUCAACUUGCCUAAGGCCUGGUCCGAGUGGGGUGUUUUCAACGACAAGAGGUUCAAGGAGAACCCUACCGACUUGGUGUAUGCAAACAACGCCAUCAGCUGUUACUUGCAAGCUGCUGGUCUCUACAAGAACGGAAAGACCAGAAAGUUGCUUGCUAGAAUUCUUUGGCUCAUCAGUUUGGAUGAUAGCUCUGGUACCUUGGCACAGGCCUUUGAGAAUUUCAGAGGAGAGGUGCCCGUGUGGUACUGGAUCACGUUUAUCCCACAGCUUCUUUCGUCGUUGUCGUACAAGGAAGCUAAGUUGGUCCGCCAGAUUCUUAUCCGUAUUGCAAAGAGCUUCCCACAAGCUUUGCACUUCCAGCUCAGAACCACCAAGGAGGACUUUGCUGCCAAACAGCGCCAGUUCAUGGAACUUCAUCGCCAAAAGAAUGAAAAAGAGAAGCUGGAAGAGUCCAAGAAGGAGUCUGAGGAGUCCGACAAGAAGGGUGAGGAGAAGAAGGAUGACGAAGAGGUGAAGGAGGAGAAGAAUGACGAAGAGGCCGUGAAGGCCGAGGAUGCUAUGCAAGAAGACAAGGAAGAAAAUGAGGACUCCAAAUCUCCUAAACAGAAGAAUGAUCCAUCUUCUGAGAACUCCAAGUUGCCACCAGCAGCUGGUGCUAUCAGACGCUCCUGGGAGUACGUUGAGGAGAUCAUGGGUAUUUUGAAGACCGCCUACCCAUUGUUGGCACUUUCCUUGGAGUCCUUGGUUGACCAAAUUAACCAGAGAUUCAAGUGUACUGCCGACGAGGAUGCUUACAGACUCGGUGUGGCAUUACUUAAUGACGGUGUUCAGUACCUCAACCGUCUUGGAAACCCUAGGGAGGAUGCUAAGCUUCCUCCAGUGACGGAGGUCAACAUCACCAGAUUCGCCGAGACUGUUCUUCCUAAGCAGAUUCGUGCUGAGUUUGAAAAAGACUUGGUUAUUGGUAAACCAAACUUGGAGACCUACAUUAUCAAAUUGAGGAAAUGGAGAGACCGCUUGGAGGACAAGUUGGACAGAAGAUUUACUGAGGUGAACCUUGAGAACUUGUGUCCUCACUUGAGUGAGUUCCACCAUCAAAAAUUUGAGGACAUUGAAGUGCCAGGCCAGUAUUUGUUGAACAAGGACAACAACAGCCAUUUCGUGAAGAUAGAAAGAUUCUUGCCUACUAUCGACUUGGCCCGUGGAACCAACGCAUGCUACAAGAGAUUGAAGAUCCGUGGUCACGAUGGAAGUCUCCAUGCCUUUGCUGUGCAAUUCCCAGCUGCUAGACACUGUCGCCGUGAGGAAUGCUUGUUCCAGCUUUUCAGAAUCUUUGACGAUUCGUUGUCGAAGAAGGUGGAGACCAGACGCCGCAACAUCCUGUUCACCCUUCCUAUUGCUGUUCCAUUGUCUCCUCACAUCCGUAUCAUCAACGAUGAUCUGAGAGAUAUCAGCAUGCAGAAGGUGUACGAGGACUUCUGCUUCAAGGAAGGCAAGAACCGCGACGAACCAUUCAUCUACACCAUCGAGAAGUUGCGUGCUGCCUUUGACCCAAGAUUGCCCAAGCCUGACAUCAUGAGUAUCAGGGUGGAGAUCUUGAGUGCCAUCCAGUCGCUUUUGGUGCCUUCGACUGUCUUGAAGAACUACUUCUUGAACCUUUAUCCUAACUUUGAGGACUUCUGGUUGUUCAGAAAGCAGUUCACCUCUCAAUACGCCUCGUUCAUCUUCACCACUUACAUGAUGUGCGUGAACACCAGACAACCACAGAAGAUUCAUGUGAACCGUGGCUCAGGUAGCGUCUGGACUUCGGAUAUGUUGCCAUGCAAGAUUGCAAGCAAGAACGCUACUUUGGAUUCCUCCAACGGCGGCCGUCCAGCUCCAUUGUUCUACAAUGCUGAGAUGGUGCCAUUCAGAUUGACGCCUAACAUCCAGAAAUUGAUUGGCAAGUCUGGCCUUGAAGGCAUCCUUUCUGUCUACGUGCUUGUUAUUGCCAGAGCUCUUACGGAACCCAAGUCCGACUUGGACCAGUACUUGACCUUGUUCGUUCGUGACGAAGUCAUUUCUUGGUGCACUCAACAAGAUCCACCUAGACCAGUUCCUCAGGAUAACCAGCUCCGUGAGAUUGUGAUGCUCAACGUGGAUCUUAUCAUCAAGAGAGUGUUGUCUAUGGCCCACGGAAACUCGACUUCCAAUGUGAGUACACAAAGUGUCUUGGAGCUUAUUGCUCAAGCCGUGAACCCACACAACCUUGCUGCUGCCGACACAUUGUGGAUGGCGUACUUCUAA